AUGAUGGAAUCGCAACAGGCUUCAAAAAAAACUAAAAAACCCAAACGAAGACAAGGUGCCUUCGUUCCUGUUGAUAACCUUUCAAGUCCUAGAAGCAUCGAUAUCCCAUCGACACCACUUCGUAAUACAGCCUACACAAAUAAAAGAAGAGACCCUAAAGUGAUUGAAGAUAUUAAUAAUUCUUCAAAGCAUUUUUUACCUAUACCUGAUGAAUCAGUGCGAUCUAUCUCAAAAUCACCUUUACAAAAUGUAAAUGUAAUUUCAGAUGAGGAAUUUGAGCCCAUACAUGAUCAUACACCUUUGAAAAAGCAACGUACUUCGCUUUCAAAAAAAAGUAUUGGUUUGUUACUGUCGUCUCCACGUGAUGCAGCAUCAUCCAAGAAUAUGAAUAAUAAUUCUAUAAUUUCAAUUGCAUUUAAUAUUUCCGGUACGCUAACUAGUUUUGAUGUCAAAGGGAAGUCACAGUCACAAGAUAAAAUGAUAAUGAAAUUUACGAGUAACAGACAGGGGAAGGGACCAAGGAUAAGCUUUAUAUUCAAUGGAUUUGAAAUUCGAAGGGGAGAUUUAGAUUUGAUAAGAGACUGUAAAGAAGUCAUCUUUGAUGAGAAUAAUAGCUGUCUAGGAACAAUCCUAAAAUCUAAAAGAACGUUACUAGCUUCAAGAACUGGGACAAUUGUCGAGACUAAAUGUUUGUUAUGGGCUAAUAAUGGCGACAUCAGUGAUAAUAAAAUUAAAAAAAUAUAUGAAAUUUUAUCGCAAAAUGAUAGAAUACAUGUUACUAGGAAAUCAAAAAAGAGAGAUUUGACAAAUUAUUUAAUCGUAGAAGGGAAAGAGGAAACCAAUUUCAAACUUGCCGAAGAAACUUUGAAAAAUGCAUUCCAAUCGAGACCAAAGACAGGCAAUUUCUUGAAGAAACCGCUCAAUUCACUGACAAGAAGGAGUACUUCUAAGGGGCUUUCUAAUUUUAGUGCAUCACACCAAAUAAAAAUACCGAGGAAUGAUACCCAAGGAGGAAUAUCUUCCUCUAGUUUCUAUUCGAACUCGAGUAAUUCACAUAAGGAAGAGUGGUCAUCUGGCUUACAAUCUCUACGAAAAUCAACACGAAAAACAAAAAACAGCGAAAAGACAGCGCUUGCUUUAGAAGAUAUAGGCUCCGAGUAUGAAGUUCCAGAAACGUUCAAACCUUCCCUUUGCUAUAAGUUUGAUGAUGCAACAAGCUAUACCAUUACCGAACAAGAUUUUAAAUGUCUUUAUAAUAAAGACUGGAUCAAUGAUACAAUUUUAGAUUUUUUCACAAAAUACUUUAUUGAACAAUCUAUCAAAGCAGGCACACUGAAUAAGAAUGACGUUUCCAUUAUGUCAUCCUUCUUUUAUACGAAAUUAAUAAGCGAUCCAUCUAAUUAUUAUGGAAAUGUCAAAAAAUGGGUUUCUAAUUCCAAGUUAUUUGAAAAAAAGUUUGUUGUCGUCCCGAUCAAUAUGAAUUAUCAUUGGUUUGGAUGUAUUAUAACAAACCUAGAUCAUUUACUCCGAUAUUACAAAUAUAAAGAUGAGAAAGGAAAAGAGGCGCACAGAGGAGAUACCGACGUAAAUAUUCCUGGGAAUGAAAAAUGUAAAACCGUGAAAGACACUGUAAGCAGCGAUUCUGUAACGACUGAACAAGGAGACAAUGCCCCUGAUACAACACCCAGAGAGUCGGUAAGUAAAAAUCAGAACGAACCUGAAGAAUCAUCAAAUAUAUCUAACAACUCAAAGUUGGAAGAAACUAACACUGAGGAAGAAAAAUUGAAUACAAUCCAAGAAGAUAUCUCCGAGGAUAUGCCUAUCGUUCAAAUAUUAACUUAUGAUUCGCUGCGACAAAGCCACACUAGAGAAAUUGAUGCAAUCAAGGAAUUUAUAAUUGGCUAUGCGGAAGAUAAAUAUAACAUAACUUUAGACAAAGCUAACAUCAAAAUGAAAACAUGUCUGGUUCCUCAACAGCCAAAUAUGAGUGAUUGUGGCGUCCAUGUUAUUUUGAAUACAAAGAAGUUUUUUGAGAAUCCAACUGAUACAUGGUCUAUGUGGAGAACCUCAAAGUUAAGGAAUAAAAAUUCAUCAAAAGAAAUCAAUACAUAUUUUGAAAAAAGUACGAGGGGCCAGGCAAGGAAGAAAUUAAGGAACAUUUUACUGGCUUUGCAGGCAGACUAUGUAGACUACCUGAAAGGAAAUAACAUAUAUCCCAAAACAAGUGAUGACGAUAUAAGUGACAACUCAAAUGAAGAUAUAGAAAUUAUCGAGAACUAUGAGGACUAUAGGAAGGAAAGUGAAGAGCAAGGUACUAAAGAAAAGGAUGAGAAUGCAGUUGAACAAUUGAAACCACUUGCCGAUGCUUUAAAGUCGGAACCACCAAGCCCAGAACUAAAUCGGCAUGAACAAGAAGAAGGGCAACUCGCUGAAAAACAUGGAAUGGACAGUAAUAAUAUUGCUGAAAAGAAUUACCAAGAUACGGGUAUGGAAGCUGACACUGAGAAUGGAUUUGAUUCAAUAAAUGCUCAGAGCGAUCCUUCUGAUUCAGCAAUGAACGAUACUUCACCUGAAAGAGUACAAUACCGAAUUGUUAGAACCGCAUCUGAAUCUUUAUCUCCGCCAAGAAUAUCAACACGUAAAUUCCUCGAAAGCUCUCCCUCAAAAAAGAACACGUCUGGAGAUGAACAAGGUGUCAAAUCCAAAUAUUUUGGGAAUUCUGUUCUGAAGAGUAGAAGCUUAGAGUUUGAUCCUCACCAGAUGAAUACUUCGUCAUCAUCACUUUCGAAUGUAAGUGAUGCAAGUCCCGAUAAAGCACUCAAAGAAAAAAGGGAUAUAUCUUCACCCAUGCUUAGAACAAAAGUAGUCUCGCCGUCUCCUGAAACAUCACAGAAUAUUAUCAUUUCUGAUGUUGAAGAUAACAAUGAUGACGUUAAUCUUCUUGGCAAUGGCAAAACAGAACACCUUGACAAUUUCGAACAAGUUCGGGCUGACCUUGCGAAGGAGUUGGCAGAUGAUGAUGAAGAAGGAGAAAAUGACUUCAUGCUUGACUUUAAUACCGAAACCAACGAUAAACAACUUCCGAAAAAAGUUUAUGGUCAUAGGCAUGGUGUACCAUUGGCUGCAAAAACAGCAUUUUUUGAAGGAAGUAAUAAUAGUUUGAGCCAGGAGAUUACACCUUCCGCUGAAAUUCAUACUAUUUCUUUAGAUGAAGAAGAAUGA